UAUGGAUUGAGGAGUUUGGUGAGGACGCCAUCAACAAUAUUUCGGAUGUCUUCAAAUGUUGAAUUUUAAGAAUUAUUAUUUUUUGCAAUGUACUCUAAACGUAUUUGUAUUAUCCCCGCCUGUACAUCUGGAUGAGCUUGAGACAGGAUCUCAACUAUUACAUACAAGUUGACGUUAUCGCUCGAUUUUUUUACAUUUGAUAAGAUACGUGCACUGUCUUUGACCAACCGUUACCUUCUUUUUUUGGAUUUAUGAAACUAUUUCAAAUGUGCACUGGGCUGCAGGCGGCAUUGUUUGGUCCAACACUUGCGGACGGAGACCACCUAGAAGUUAUCCUCGACCAGUUCCUCAUGUCUGAAGACUCGAGCAGCGAGGAAGGAUGGAGUGGGAUGAUUCAAAAACAAAGGAAAAAUGUUGGGAAUGUGGCAAACAAUUUAGUGAAUUGACUACGUUGAUCUCCCACUACAAAAGCCACAACAACAAAGCCACCUGCCACAUCUGCAAGGUUAAUUUCCGACGCUUGACAUCACUCUCCAUGCACCUGGAUAAUGUUCACUUGCCAGCCCGCUGCGAAAAGUGUCAUGAGGGUUUCAGUUCUGUGUGGGAAUUGAACACACAUGCAGAGGCUAGCUGCUUGGGAUUUAAAAAAACUCCCUCUUUGAUUUCUUCGGUCAUACAUCCGAGUCAGAAUAGUGACAACUUUCCUAACAACGAGACUGCACAGCAAAUCACAAAGUUAGGGCUGUUGGACUCACUGUCAAAGUCGAGGUCCAAACAACGAAUUGAGAUGAAACCUGAGAUGGCUGGGAAACAUGAAAACAGUAUAGAGUAUACAAUGGUUGAAGAUGAUGAAAACAUUGAAAUAGAUUGCGAGAAAGCAGAGGAUUCAUCAAGCACUGCAUCUGAUGAAGAAGUGAAGACACACUUUAAUCCUUCAGAGUUGUGUCCAGAGGAUCUCGAGUCAGAUGGUGAUUCAAGUUCUACUGAUUGUUCUAGUGGCUCUUCUCAUAGUCUGGACUCCAAAUCCAUGUGUGAGGCAUGUGGUAGAGGGCCAUACCGUUCAAUGAAGCUCCAUUUGCUGCACUGUAGUGGUAUAAAGGUACAAUAUCCGUGUACAGUUUGCAAGAAGCUUUGUACAAGUGAGGCUUAUUUUAAAGAACACCACAUGCCUUUGUAUUCCUGUGGAGUCUGUGGCCAAGUUUUCCCCCACGAGAACUCCUUACAGCAUUUCCAGUGUCCCAAGGAAACCAAAUUGGAUCUACUCCUCUUUUGUGUCGAUUCAAUGCCGCAAGUGUGUAAGAUAUGCAAAUCCUUUUUUAGAUCUGAGGAGAGCCUGUUAAACCACAUCACCAGAGUUCACACAUCAGUGGUCAGCACCAAGGUGUGCAUUAUAACUGAUGCAUCAGCGUUGACAGAUAAAAAGGUUUCACUAGGUGGCACGCAAGCCAUAAGUAGUCAACAUGCUGUCCACCAGGUGAAUGGGAAAUUCUGUGAUGUACAGACCCGGGCUGGUUUUCUCUACGCUAUUCCUUCCUCUUUGUUGACCUCCUCCUCUAGCAUAGGUAAACCUCUGUCUACACAUGUGUUUGUCCCAUCGGGUGCCACUGCUGCUUCCCACCCUGUCAGCCCACCAUCGACCACCAUUGUGGGCCUUUUUAAGAACAACAGCCAGGACAUAGCUUUGAAGAAACGUAUGACCAAGGGCUGGCGCUCCAAGGCCUCCUACCCCUGCAGGCAGUGUGGGGCCAUCUUGCGGCAGCCCUCCUUCAUCAUUAGCCACCGCUACCUCCACAGAGGCCCACGCUCACACCGGUGCCCCUGCGGCCGAGCCUUCAAGCACCGGCUGCACCUGCUGCGGCACUGCGUUCAGCACGCGGAGACCGUGAGCUACAUCUGUGUCGGCUGCGGGGACACUUUCACAGGGGCCAAACUCUUAGCUGAGCACAUGAAGGGCAAGUCUCAGAAGAGUCACCGUUCUGGACGGACUCGGAAAUGUAAAGUUAAGAAAAAGUGCAGACUGCCUUUUACAUGUGACUGCGGACAGCUCUUUUUUAGGCCUUCAGCUUACAUAUGGCACCAGAUUAAAAACAGGAGAAAAGCUAAACGAUUAAAGUAGCCGGUGAAAUGACGAAGCAGACACAUCCCUGGUUCCUCCAUUGCUUUGAUCAACUUACUCCUUUCCAGAUUUCUGCACAACACUUUAGAACAACAGUGUUGAAUCAAAAGGGAUGUAUCUUUUUAAGACAAAAUCAAAGCAAACUCACAUACAUUUGUAAUGGCUUUUAUUUAUAAGCAUGUCCUGGAUGGUUGUUAACAUGUUUUCACCAUGUGCAAAUGAUACAUAGUAAACAAUUUACAAGUUAUUUUGACCAUUCACCAGUACAAAUUAACCCACAAUGCACUUUGUCAGUAUUGGGUUAAAUGAAAACACUCCAAUUUAUACUCUGGAGAGAGAGUUCAUCCAGUUUUGCUAUUUUAAUUUUUUUCAUGAAGUUUCACAUUUACCAGUGAGUUUCUGAGUCCUCUUGAUUUGUUUUCACUGCAGAUCAUUCACAUGUGUGAGACAUUGUACAGGCCUUGUUAUUCAGGUUGAAAAUAGCAUUUGACCUUUUUUAUGGUUGUUAUAUAAUCUUCAUGUCAACUGUUCUCAGUAUUAUCCAUAUUUACUGUAAUAAUAUCCACUAGAUGGAGCUGGUGGGGUACUGAAGGCAACUCACUCUCAGAGCAUGUUUUUCCUGCAUCAUGAUUACAACACAAAACAUACACAUUCAUGCAAGAAUUUUACUGUUUAAGGCCCAAUGAUUUUCAGAUUGAAAUAAAGUUCCCACAAUCCUUGA